CAAUCAUUGUCUUAAUUUCGUCGAGAAUAAUUUUGUCUAUAGCUAAAAAAGGCAUAAGAAGUUAAGUUUCAAUUGUAAAAGGAAGAUGGAGUCUUACCAAAACCAGUCCGGAGCGCAGCAGACUCACCAACAGCUUGACCAAUUUGGAAAUCCAUUUCCAGCCACCACCGGAGCCUAUGGAACUGCAGGUGGAGCUCCGGUCAUGGCGGAAGGUGGUGGUUUGAGUGGCAUGCUUCACCGUUCGGGGAGUAGCUCUAGUUCUAGCUCGGAGGACGAUGGACUAGGUGGAAGGAGGAGGAAGAAGAAGGGAAUAAAGGAGAAGAUUAAAGAGAUGCUGCCGGGUCAUCACGAAUCCAACAAGACUUCUUUAGCUUCUACCACGACGGCCUAUGAUACCGGCACCGUUCACCACGAGAAGAAAGGCAUGAUGGAGAAGAUCAAAGAGAAGCUUCCGGGUGGUCAUCAUUAGUUUCAUUUUAAUCAACUUGUUUGCGUAUGUGAUAUAGUACUAUAUGUAUUGUACACCUAAUAAUUUGGUGUGGCUCUUAACUAAAAAGAAUAUGACGUAGUUACGCUUAUGGUCGUUGCAUGGAAGAAAUGUAAAUAUAAACCCUCUUUUUUCUGUCAUUUAUGGUUUUAGGUUUCUAUUGUUUUUGAGUGAUGCAAAUUAAGGUAAUGUUAGCAC